UUGAAAUGGCUAUACUAAGACAGAAAUGGCUAUGACAGCCUUCACAAUAAGGAAAUACCAAGAGACGACAUUUGAGAACAUUAUCAGAGGGACGACAUUUGAGAACAACUAGCAAUGAAAAAUACUCAGAGUACACACGAAAGCUCAAUUCCCGCCUUAAAGUCUUCAAAUAACUUUCAAUUAUCUCAAAAACAGAUCAUUCCGUAAAAAACUGGAAAAACUAAAAGAAAAAGGGAAGCCGAGAAAAGAAAAAAAUUUGAAUAUAAAUUAGCAGAUAUUAAGUAGCUACUAUUUCAUUUUUAUUUGUUUGAAGAAAUUCUCUUAUUUUGAAAGAUGUCCACAAAUAUAAAGAAUAUCCAAUUGCUAGUUUAUUGUUCAACCUUUGCAAGUAUUUUGUCAAUUUUGGCUUGUAUUUUUAUUUUUCCACAAAUUUAUUUUGAAACAACAAAUUUAUUGAAUGAAGUAAAAGGGGGAGUUGAAAUAUUUAAAGUUGAAACUGAUUCUGCUUGGAAUUUAUUAAUUGAUAUACAAAUACGUCAUAAACCUCAAUCUGUUAAUGUUAGAGAAGAAAAUCCUUUUGAAAGUAUUUUUCAAAGGGCAAAACGACAAAAUUAUGGAAAAUUGCCUGCUUGGUGCCAAUGUGAACCCACCAAACCCGAAUGCCCUCCAGGACCAGAAGGUCCUCCCGGCGAACCAGGCACAGACGGACCACCUGGAGAGCCUGGACCUAAUGGAGAAGAUAAUACACAGGUUUACCCACAAGUAAAAUGCGAGGCGCCUGAUGUGUCAAAAUGUAUUGAAUGCCCAGCUGGGCCACCUGGCGAACAGGGUCCAAUCGGACCGUUAGGCUCGUCAGGUCAAACAGGAGAAGCUGGAGCAGCAGGCCCACCUGCACCUCAAGGAAAGCCUGGAGAACAAGGCCCGCCAGGAGAUCAAGGCCCUCCUGGCGAAAAAGGAAAUCCGGGAACGCCGGGAACGCCUGGAAGUGAUGCAGAACACAGUCCGGCAUUGCCCGGUCCAAAGGGUCUUCCAGGAGGCCCAGGCCAGCCAGGCAAAGAUGGAGCACCCGGAGAAAAUGGUACAAUUAAUUUGUAAACGAAACUUUUAUUAAAUUUGUCAGGUAAAAAUGGAGAGACAGGCCCUGCAGGCCCGCCGGGUCAGCUUGGAGCUCCAGGAUUACCCGGAAUACCAGGAAAGGUUGGCGCGCCUGGGUCAGAUGGAUUGCCUGGAAGUGAUGCUGGUAUAAAAUAAUUAAAAAUUUGAAAAA